CUUAAGGAAUCAUUUCCAUAUCCAAUUGACUACCCCUUUUCUCCCAUCCUUUUAGCUGCGUAGUUAGCUCCCUUCCAACUGAUAUAAAUUAGUGAUUUCCCCCUUCUUCUUCAUCACUCAUUUCUCACAUUAUUGUUGUUUUCAUCUCACAACAAUUGUGAAUACUCAAGAAAUAAUUUUGAAUACUUGAAAAUCAUCAAUGAUGGACUACAGAUCAGCCAAGCCAUCCGAAUCUUCAAGGAACAAGUGUGCUGCGUGCUACAGACAAUUCAACAAAAUGGAGCAUCUGGUGGAUCACAUGCGGACCUCUUUCCACUCAGUUCAUGAACCAACGUGUGGUGUAUGCAAGAAACACUGCAUAUCCUUUGAAUCACUCAGGGAACAUCUUAUCGGACCAUUGCCAAAGGUGGAAUGCGCAAAGGUUUUCAGUACUCGAGGAUGCAACAUAUGCCUAAACAUCUUUGAUAGCCCUAACACCCUAAGAAUGCACCGAGGAACAUGCCAACAUUCUCGCCCGAAUGCAUUAGUUUCGCGGAUGACAAGCUUAAGAAUACAUGAUGACUUGAGGAUGGAUAAUGGUAGGGGAGGAACUCCAAAAGCAGUUGCACUUGCUUGUAAAAUGGUAGGCGGUGGAAGUGAUGGAUCACUUGAUAUAUGCGCUAGGGUUUGCCUAACUGAUGAAUAUGAUAACAUCAUUUUCCAUACUUAUGUGAAGCCUCAAUUUUCAGUCACUAAUUACAGGUAUGAAACAACAGGAAUUAGGCCAGAAUAUUUGAGAGAUGCAAUGCCAUUAAAGCAAGUUCAAAGGAAAAUUCAAGAUUACCUUUGCAAUGGAGAACCCGUGUGGAAAAUUCGGUCAAGAGGAGGAAAAGCUAGGAUUCUUGUAGGGCAUGGUUUAGAUCAUGACCUUGAGUGCCUUGGAAUGGAAUAUCCUACAUCAAUGAUCAGGGAUACGGCAAAAUAUCCUCCUUUGAUGAAAACAAGCAAGCUCAGCAACUCACUUAAAUACCUAACACAAGCAUACUUAGGUUAUGAGAUUCAGACUGGAAUCCAAGACCCUUAUGAAGACUGUGUUUCAACCAUGAAACUUUACAUGAGAAUGAGGUCUCAAAAUCAUAGAGCAGAAGACUAUCCAUUACCAAAUGAUCCACAAAAUCGCGGUAGCUUCGCACAAUGGAGGGAAGCUGACCUGCAAAGAAUGACUUCAGAGGAACUCUUGAAGAUCUCCAGAGCUGAUUAUUACUGCUGGUGUUUGGACUUGAAGGGAUAUGCUUGAGACAUAGUAUUACAUAUAUAUGUUAUACAUCCGAUAUGAUUAAUUGUUCUUAAUCUAGAUAUUUGGUGAAGGCAAAGUUCCAUAUAGGAUUUAUUAUAACAAAUAUGAAUAAGCUAUCUAGAAAUGUUGGUCAUUACCUUAUUGUGCUGUUAGUCAAGAUCUGAGUAAAAUUCAUCUGUGAUGCAUGAUGAUUCCAUGCACAGUAAAUGUAUUAGUAUAUCAAUUUAAAGCCUAAUUUCUUUUUGGUAAA